AUGUCGAAUCCAUCAGAAGAGACAGGCAUUACAAAACGUUCAAGGCUAUUCAAGGGUAAAGUAGUUCAACACAGAAGUAAUUUGAAGAAAAGAGGUCGACAUAGUCAGAAUCCUAAUCAUCCUCAUCAUCAAAGUACAGGAGAUAUUACGCAAUCAUGUGCACGAAUGGAUCAAAAUGGGUCAACCACAGGUGCUAAAGAUGACGCUGGAAAUACUGGAAGAAAAAUGCCCAGAUGGUUACGUCUGUUGAAGUUGACAAGUAUCAGUGCUACGACAAAUAUCACAUUAGAUGGAUUAAAAACAGACAACACUAGUUAUCAUCGUCAAGGGAAUCUUAACACCCAACAACACCAACAACAACAGCAACAACCGCAAGAAGAGAUUCACUCAUUCUUGGGGAAUCUUGGUAUUGGAGCUUAUGUUGGUGAAGAAGAAAAUGCCUUUGUGAAUUCAGAUACUUCAGAAGAUAUUCAAAUGCCAACAAAUAAAUCAUCAUCGAGUAAACCAAUAUCAAAAUCGAUGAUAAAUUUAUCAUCAAUUAGUCUAUGGCCGCCAAAACGUAGAACAAGUGAUCAGACGAAUGACACAGAAGCUUUAAGUAAAGAGAUUGUUGAACAGUACACUAAUUGUUCAUCACCAUCAUCAUCCUCUCGAGUUAGUUGUACCUCUCAGACGUCAUCAUCGUCACCGCAACCACAGUCACAGUCGCAGUCGCAGCCGAUACCGCUAUCAGCACUUCAACAUCCACAGUCAACAUCACCAUUUUCAACACCCGCUGAUAAGAUGUCCAUGUCAAAGGGGACGACGACAACAAGAACAGCAACAACAAGAACAGCGGCAGCGGCAAUAUCACAGAAUUUAGAUCAAUUUAGACAAAGUGAAUUCUAUGAAUCAAUGCCUUUAAUCCUGAAGACUGUUAUUCAUCAAACAUCUAUGCUAAAUAUAAACACGAAUAUGAAACAGAAUUAUUUUAAAGGAUUUAUGUGUAAUAAUUUAACACCUAAGCCAUCAACAAAUACAAUAACAAGAACUAAUAGUAGUAUUAAUAAUAAUGAAAGCGGUGAGAAUAGUACUCAUAGGAAGACAAUUCACUAUCCAGCUUGGAUGAUUAUUACCGAUGAACAGUUACAGUUGGAUACAACAUACUCGUUCUAUCGGAUACCAGACUAUCUAAAAGAAUUGUAUAUAGCUGAUGCAUGGUUAGACAAUCUACUCAUAUCUGAUAUAUUACAUAGUCGGUGUCAUUCUCCAGUAAGAAAACCAGCUGAUUUUCGAUCACGUCGUACACGUGCUGAGUGUAGUUCGUUAAGUUCAAAUAAAACGUCAAAACGAACAUGCAGUGAACAACGUUAUGAAGAGACACAAUUAAUUGCUGGUCUAUGGGAUAGAAAAGAAAUGGAUAUUAUUCAAAAAUCAAUUCGUGGAGCAAUUUCUAUUAUUGAAUUAAAAAUGUCAUCUAAAUAUAGGUGUAUGGGUGAAUCAUUUUCAGAUAUGAGUGCAGUUAUCUUUAGAAAUUCUUCAAAUGAAAUGAGCAUUCCAAUCUCUUUGCGUUCAUUUGUUCCGGAGACUGAAAAAGCAAUUGUCAAUAAUAAAGAGAUCAAUGUUUGGAAGAAGAUAUACGCUGAAGAAGUUGUGAAUAUUGUGAAACUUCCUCGUUUCCCCGUGGAACAAACAAUCAGCCUGGAGACAAUUCACCAGUCACAAAAAUCUACAAUAUUUCUUUAUUCCGACCAUUUAGUGUUAACACAAUGGCCAUUGGACCCAGAAGCGUUUUUAUCAACUGGUGAUUUAGCUCAUAUUAUUCCCCUGCAUGAAGUAUGGUGUGACGCGCUGAGCAGUGAAGGCCUAUUCUCAAGACUGUCAACGUAUGCAUCAAAAUCUACCGGUAAUUACAAAAGCAAUCAUCAUCAUCAUCAUCAUCAUAGUCAAAAGCAUUUGAAAGCAUCCGAGAUCGAUAUGGAGAAUAUGAAGUGUAAUGCUUCUUCAUCUUCAGGGAUAUCAACGGCUAGUCUAGAAGAUGGGGGUGGUGGUGGUGGAGGUGGUGGUGAUUUGAACAGUCCACCAAUCGAUAAUAACAAUAAUAAUAGUCAAUCAGUGGAUCCUGAUAUCAUAAAGUUGACAAAUGCUCAGUCCUCUUCAUUGAAUGACAAUAAUGUGUUAGUGGAUACUAGUCUGCUUCUAAUUGUUGGACGUCCACUCACUGAGAAUUGGGCAAUACGAUUCGCGAAUAAUUCACUUUGUGAAAAAUGGGAACAAAUGAUUAAUGAAUCUAUUCGAAGGAAUCAGGAGAUAUUUCAUGGAAAGACAGUCAGUGUAAAAGUCGUGAAUCAAGUAAUUCCUAAUCAUCAAGUAAUAUAUAAAUAUUAUAAUGUUCCUAUACACAUGACAGCGGAUCAGUUGAAGGAGAAAGCUUUAGAAUCAUUAAAUAUCAAUGUGGGUAACACAACUGCUGAACUAUUUUUACGGUAUACAGAAUCUAAUGGAGAAGACCGUGAAAUAUUAAUGUAUGGUCCAGAACGUCCCUUUUUAAUCGCAUUUUCCAGUGUUCAAAUGAACAGUGCCAGUUCGCCUUCACAUCAUCAGAACAGCAACGGCAGCAACAACAACAGCUACUCAGUACACAAUAGCAGCAGUUGUAGUGUGAAUAGUCCUGACACGAAUAACUAUAGUCCUCAAAAUAAAGAUAUUUUUGAGAUAAUCAAAAAGAUGUCACCUUCUCCACAGUCUGAUAUUCGUGCCAAUGAUAAUGAUUGUAUUAUACCAAGAGAUCAAAUUAAAGUUAAUUUUGUCCUACGUUCAAUGGAGAAAAGCUUGAAUGAAGAGAACAGCCAUAGUGCUGUAAAAUCUGAGGAUCCAAUGAAACCAGUGGAAUAUACUAAACAAGAACGUGGACGUUCAAAGUCUAGAGCGCAUGGACGACGUGUUGGCGGCGGCGGCGUCGGCGCCGGCGCCGGCGCGGCUGGUGGUGAUUCACGAAAUAAUAAUAAUACUAAUAUUAUGACUAAAUCAAGUAUAUUUUUUGACAAUUCAACCAGUUCAGCGAAACAAGCUUCCCUACCUUUACGAGCUGCAAUCAGUACAAGUUCUCUUCAGUCGGGUAUAACUCAAGAUGUACAAUGUGGGCAAAUAUUUGGUUGUCUACCGGAACAAGUAUGGCCUGAUUCACAAUUACCAGAAUCAUUAGUGAAUCUCUUUGCAAUUGUCUACUAUAAUGGAGUGGAUAUUGAAGGGAUAUUUAGGCGUACAGCUGUUCAUAGUCAGAUUGAGUUGAUGAGAGCUCGUGUCGACGAAAAUAUCCAGACAAUUACACCCAACAAUUGUAAUGCAAUUUUAGCAUCAUGUGUUUUAAAAAGAUUUUUCUGUGAAAUACCUGGUCAUUUAUUAAUCGAUGCAAAAUGGGAUGAAUGGGCUAGUCUAACUGAAAUCAACUCACCAUCAGAACGUUUACAAUUAAUUGAAAAAUUAGUCCGCAGUCUUCCUAAAGUUAACCAAACUUUACUAGCCCUGUUAAUCUACCUUCUUGCGCAUAUCCGCGAUAAUGAAGAAGCGAAUCGUAUGUCAGCGAGGAAUUUAGCAGUUGUAUGGGGUCCAAAUCUUAUUCAACGACCAAAUACCCCAUUGGCUUUAGACGAUUCAAAGAUAGCUACACAGAUUGUUACCUAUCUGCUGGAACCUCCAGUCACUAAUUUCCUCUUGGAAACAUCGAAUGCAAAGAAUGAGUUGAAUCAACACUUUAAAAAUAUUUGGGGCAAUUUAAAAGGCACUUCAACAACAAGCAAGACAAUGGAAUCAUCAAAAUUGCAUAAUAUGUCAACUUCAAUGACAGCUGCAACUGCAACAACAACGGAUUCCUCUGAAGAGGAGAAAAGUUCUCGACUUGACUCUGGUGUACAUUCUGAACAAAAGACGGAAGAUUCAAGGCACACAUUGUUAAAAUCUGAUGUUAAAAUCAAAUAUCCAUCAAGAAGAGGACAUUCUGUGUCAAAUAUACCUCCACAAAUAAAUCCUUUAGAAUCGGAUAGUGUAUUCAGUAAUGAAAAGCACUACUCUUCUCUACUGAAGACAAAUGAACAACAUGACGAGACGCCAGUCAACGCCUCACCAACAAUAUCCUCCACAGGGAAUUCAUCACACUCCUCGUCUACAGUAAUGAAUCGAAGAGGUGUAGGACGUAUGAAUAGAAAAAAGCACAGUCUACUUUCUCAUAUGACGUUACCAGAUCAAACUGGACCACCGACUGCAGUUAAACAAACAGUCGGAAAUCCUGAUACUACUACUACCACUACUAAUAAUAAUAGUACACCAAUCGAGUCUAAAAAUCUUACUAGACUAAGAGCCACAUCGACAAUUGUCCAACCGUUGUCCUCUUCAUUGGCAUUAACGCCAACGAAAAUAAUGCUAGCUACGGCAACGGCCACGGCGACGGCAUCAGUGACGACAACAUCAGAAGCGAUCGGUACACCUAGACGAACUUCAGAUGUUCGACGCUCUAGGAAUACAUCAUGUCCACCGAAUAGGAAUUCAACACUGCUUAAACUUAGUACACCUUAUCCUUUACCAAAAACUCAAGUGGAACUUGAAGCCCCACCUAUACCUCCAAGACUUCAACCAGCUUGUACAGGACAAAAUAAUCCAAGUGUGAAGUGUAAAAAAAACACCAGUAUCGCUACAAAUACACCUUCAGCAUACUUUAAUCAUAGUAAUCAACAAACAAAAAUGAACACUAGCCAGUGUGAGGAGAAAACUCCCUCACCACCGAUACCUAAGAGAACAUUUCAUCGGAGAACAAGACCACAGAAAACUACUAGUGAAAUACCUGAUAUCACUUUACUCAAGAAUGCCUAUUAUGCGAAGGACUCCAGGUCAAUGAAUAAUGGUAGUAAAUAA